AUGUUGAACCGUUUACACAACAGGACUGUUGUAAACCUUUAUGCAAUCUUAAUUGGAUCUUCCAGGAGAACAAGAUUUCAUGUGCAUAACAUCACAAACUAUAGCAAUAAAGUUGGCAAAUUUACAUCAAGCUUGGCAUUUAAAAAGAAAAAAUUGUGCUAUGCUACUCAAUGCGGUGGAGAAAUGAUUCCCAUCUAUAUAAACCUAGUUAAAUGUGAGGCUCGGUUGUAUAUGGCCCAACCUUGGUUAUCAUCAGGGUUGAAGUUAGAUAGCCCUGAUUUCCAAUUAGUAAAUGGGUUACUAUUCCUGUAA